AUGGACAUGACCCACGAUGGUUCACCUAGUAAUGAGGUCGAUAACAAUGGACCUUUAUCUAAUACGGCUCAAAACAGGGACAAUCAAUCGAAUGAUAACGACUCAGAUGGCCACGUUGAAACAGAUUUGAACGCAUAUUCUUUUUUUCCAACAACGGUUCCCCCAUUUGUAUUGGAAUCCAAUUUUGUAAAGACUAAGAUGAAUGUCAAUGAUGAACAUGCCAGUAUGUUUAAUAAAGAUCAUACUUGGAGUGAAUUUGCACAUAAUGUCGGAUCCAACGUUGCAUAUACGAAUAGUCAACGGUUAGAUACAAGUAGAGAUCCGUAUCUCUCCAGAAUCACUACUAAUACUAGCAUAAGUACAUAUAAUACAUUGGAAAAAACGAAAAUUAAGAAAGAAAUAUUGAAUGAUCUAAACAGUGAAUGGGGUGGACAAGAUAGGUUGGAUGGUGUUUUUGAUUCUUACAUUAAGGGAGACUAUAAGAUGAACGACGAAAAUGAACGUAAUGAAUAUUCAAGAUUCAUCAAUAAAAUCAAAAAAUAUUAUUAUGGUAAUAUACGACAACGUUCAGAUUUGGAAGAAAAUUUGGAAGCUGUUACAAGUACUACUAGCACGAGUACUGAACGUCGUGUAAGAAAUAAUGGUCACAACAGCAAUCAACCUGAUUGGAUUGUUGAUUUGAACUCCGAAAGGAAAAAUGGCGUAAGAUCAAGAAAAAAAAAUGAGGAAAUGGAGACCAAAAUUGAACACUUACUUCUGGAUAACCAUUAUUUACCUCUAUUCUUAAGAUGUAUGAUCAUCAUUCUUUGUGUUGUUUCAUUAGCAUUGGCAGUAAGAAUCUUUCAGAAUUCCGAUUCGCAAAUCACCGAGAUUGAAAGUAGCAUAGCACAACAACCAAGUACCAUUAUGGCCAUAUGUGUCAAUUCAGUAGCUGUUUUCUAUACAAUCUACAUUGCACAUGAUGAAUUUUCAGGUAAACCCAUCGGCCUUAGAAACCCUGUCAAGAAGUUGAAAUUAAUUAUGUUAGAUUUAUUGUUUAUCAUUUUUGCCAGUGCAAAUCUGGCUUUGGCCUUUAAUACUAGGUAUGAUAAGCAAUGGGUAUGUGCAAGUCCAACCAGCGACUCGAAAUAUCCAAGAAUCUCCUACAUUUGCCGCAAACAGAAAGCUCUAUCUGCAUUUCUCUUUGUAUUACUCUUCAUGUGGAUUCUAAUAUUCACUGUCAGCAUAAUAAGAGUCGUAGAGAAAGUCUCCUCCGCAAACACCCGCAACGAAAGAGACUAG